AUGUAUCCAAUGUCUGCGGAAAACUCUGUCUAUAACAAUCCGGACCAGAGGAAACUCAACGAACGUCAGAAGCUCCAACAAACGCUAGCCACAGAGAAUGGGGUUCAAGUUUUUCGCAAACUGUUUAAGAACUUGGCUUAAUCGAGUGAAUUAAAAUACUUGAGUGAGAAUUAGUUUAGUAUUUGCAUUUUUUCUUUCUGUCGUGUUUAAAGUAAUUUCGGCGAUUUCAGAAUUAACGCGUUAUUCGUUUGAAAGGAUUUUGGGAAAUAGGCAGAAUUUGUAUUCCGGGUAGGCGCGGAAGUGAGUCCUACAACGAUAUAUCGCUUUACAUAUGUCUUUUUUACUGAAAAUUCUGCGCGGGAACUCAAAAUUUUGGAGUUAUUUGGGCAUUUUCUACUGAAAUUUUAAAUUCGCGCGUAAAACUCACCGUGGAAAUGCGUAUCCAACGAUAUAUCGUUGUAGGACUCACUUUUUCCGCGCCUUCCCGGAAUACCAAUUCUGCCUAUUUGCCGAAAUCAUUUUUAACGAAUAACGCGAUAAUUUUGAAAUCGCCGAAAUUACUUUGAACGCGGCAUUCGCUUUUCACACUCAAUCCGAAAUCGUGCUCAAAAACUAGCUGAUACAUGGCUGGCUUGAGCCAAAAGAGUCCUGAAGCGAAAAUAAAAAAGAGUGACUGGUUGGCGGAGAGCGCAGACAAGCCACGCCCCGUUAGCGUCCCAAUCUAUAGUCCUAAAUCGAUUAUGCUUUUAUGAAAUGUAGGAAAAGCGUUAGGGGCAUUCAAAAGUUGAAAUAUUUUAUGGGGUAAAUUAUUUAUUCUGUAUAGUCCUCGGUCCUCGGAAAGUUCUCAUACUAGUUUCACUCAGAAAGUUUUUUAUCCCAUUAAUUUUUUCAGCUUUUCACAGAAGGAGUUUCUGAAGCAGUCAUUGAAACCUCCACAACCCGUCCCUUUGACUUUGAUGGAAGUCGGAAAGCCAAUGUCAGUCCAAAAAAAUAAUAUGGAAAAAUAUGUUGAAUUUGAGAGUUCGGCGAGAAGAAUAAUCGAAGCGUUUGUUGUGGCGGAGAUGGGCAACGGCGAUUGGGCAGUUUAUUCAAAAGACAUUGGCUAUUAUUUUAUGAUCAACGGCAACUUUUUGGCCAAUCUUGGCUGUUAUCUUAGGUGCUACUUGAAACUCGUUUUGUGUCCAUUUUUAGCUUGUCAAAGUGCAUAAAUUGCAAUUUUGCAAUUUUUAGAAUCAAAUUUUAUCAUUAUCCUUAGCUUUGACACUUUUUAAAAUGAAAAGUUAUACGAAAAAAAUUCGCGUCUUUGAGCCACAAACUUUUUUUCGAUAUUAAUUGGGAGACAUUUUGUCAUAGAUUGAACGUGCCCGAGUCAACGAGACCCGGAACAAAGCUCGAAGAGGACGAUUUUGAAGAUCUUGGAAUUUUUUAUCCUCCCACCAAAGACAUCAACAUACGCUACUUCCAGACGAAAAAGUUGUCUCUGGUGAGGAAAUAUUACGUCAAUUGAAAAUUAUGUGAUCAUUUGAAAUAAGGGAGUAAAAUCUUUUUGAAAACACAGCAUUUUCUCUUCAUAGAAAUUCUCCUUUACGGUGCCAGAGGCUCUCUUUUUGCUCCAUUCAUCGGCUUCUAUUCGCCUUUUCUGCUGCCUCUCCCUUUUCCACCAUUUUUUCCACCGCCUUUUAAUUUCUAGAAACAAUGAAAGGCUCGAAAAAAAGGAAUAUUUUUGAUGCCUUUCUGUGUCCUUUUUUGGUCCUCUCCUUUUGCGGCACCAAAACGGCCUUAAAACAGACUGCGGAAAUUUAAAGUAAUCUUAAGUUCGUCGCGGUUUUUGGCACAUUACGGUUUGCGCUCUUAACCGGUUUUUUUUUUACCUUUUGAUCAUUAGCGAUAGAGCUGAAGGUCAAAACCUUUUUAUGAAAAGUUCAAUCGGCCGUUCAAAUAUUUUUUUAUGAAAAGGCUCAUUGGUUUUUUUUCCUGUUGGUAUUAAAACUUUACACGUAUUUAAGAUUUCCCUGAAAGUUUCGGUUUCUGUGGAAACGGACGGCGCACUUUGGAUCGAAAAGAAUUACAUUUCCCCGGAACACAUCUACGAUCCAAUGUCUUUGAUAGUGAAGGCUCUGCACCCAAAUAUCGAAGCAGAGAAGACCUAUUGGCUCUGUCUCGAAGUUUGACCUCCCCUUUUUUGGUGAAAAAUAAAACAAACGAAUUUCUAGCUAUUGAGUGAGAGCGAAGGUUUCUUUAUUGUAAAGGUCCACAAAGAUUUCAAGAGAAAGGAGGCGGAUAUGGUGAGUUUGAAGGAUCAAAAAUUAGAAAAAAGAUUCAUUUUUUCAGUUGGAAAACAGUAUUUGUGAUUAUGACUUGCCUUUCGAAAAAAUCGGCAAAAUCAUAAAUUGGCUCGGAAACCAGUUGAAAGUAACCAUGGCCGGCAAGACACCUUUGGCCAUCUCGCACGUGAGGAAUCUAUGACAUUUCAACUAAAAUAUUGAUUUUACUGUAGAACAAUACUGUAGAACAGUUUUCUUCAAUUUCUUAUCACAUCGCAUUACUAAUGUUUGGAAUGACAUUGAACAUGAAUUAUUGGCAGAGGAAGACAAGAAAAAAUUUAAGGACAUGUUUUUAGUGUAUGCAGAAGAUGUUGGCGUCGAGCAUAUUCUUUCAAGUGUUCACAGAUUUGUGCCAUGAUCAACUUGGUUUUAAAUAUCUACUUAUUAUGGUUCUAUGUUUCUUUUCUUACACAAAAAACUUUUUUUUUUCUUCACAGGUGGGGUUAGUUAAUCCACCUAGUGGUCUUUUUCCCUCCCUGCAACAUCACCAUACCAUCCCGAUGUUGCGAAAAAUAAACAAAUUGAAUUGAACAAUGAGAAGAACAGUCGGAAAAGGGAAAUAAUUGACUUUGUACAUGAUUGUUGCUAUGAAAAUGGCCAGAAACGUUUUUUGGUAGUUUUUCCUUGACAUUUGUAUCCUAGUAAGGUGUCUGACUCCAAUUUUGACUUUUUGACUCGAAGUGCGAGCCUCCUGAAGCUUAUUUUUAAUUUUUCUUCUUUAUUUUAUUUUUGUUAAUCAGGACUGUGCUCAAAAACGUCGAGGACAUGGUGUGGAAUGUAACUUUAUUCAAUUUCAGUUCAAGUACCGGCUCAACUCGCGCGGAUCAACACCUGAACUCGCAGAUGUGUAGUUUGAACAAAAAACUCAUGUUAUUCAUAUUUUUCGAGGUGUCCGAGAGAGACCGAACUUUUUCUCCUCCCAAACCGGAUUUGAAUCUUUCUAGUGAUUUGCGACAGUGUACGGCCGCGGUUCAUGACACAAUCAAGUGCAAGAGGAUUGGACAGUGCGUUUUUAAAUGAUGAUGAGAAUCGAAGGAAGAAAAGUAAUGCGCAACUUGUACAGUGUAGAGAAAUGAAUAAUAAUGGAUCACGUGGAAGAUAAAUCAACUAUAUGAUGGUCUCGCCUUUCUAAUUGCCUUGUGGAUCUCCAGAGCCCACGGACGACUGACUCCUCUACCACUUCCUUUGACUUUUUAAGGACAUAUAAAAUUUUUAUGUUUCCUUAAAAAUGGAGAAAGGUUUUUCUUUCUGAUAAAAGCCUUGUAGUCAUACAACUUUUCCGUUUCAACACGCACACAAGAAACAAACACAAAGUCCGGGGGCUCUGGAGAUCCACAGGGCGAUUGGCAAGGCGAGUGAGUUGGGCUGGUGGCCAGGCGAGUUAUAAGGAUCGCUGUAAUCAGACCUUUAUAUAGUGGAUUUAUCUUCCACGUGAUCUAUUAUCAUUAUUCAUUUCUACAUUUUUCCCAACAAUAAGUUAAGGGACCUUGUUAUGAGACCAGAAUUUUAUCUUUUUGUUCAUUUUUUUCAAUCUACGAAGAAGAGAUAUAUCUGUAUCAAAACGGCCAAAUAAUUAUAAUUUUUUUAUAAACUUCAUAGGGGUCUAAAAUAGUGAGAGCUGACGCUUUGGGCCUGCCCAAUAGGCUUUGAGGUUAUUAUUUGGUUUCGUUUGUUCAAGAAUGAUGCUCCUUAAAUUUUAAUCUGAAAAUUUGUUUUUCAAAAUUUUCAAGAACUCAAAAAUGUAUUGCUACUCGAAUAAAAAUUCUGGAAAUGCGUGAAAAUUUCUAUUUCAAAGAAGCAUCGGCAGAAAAAAAAAAGUCAAUAUUGUGAAGCGAAAAAUAGGCUUCUACUAAUUGAAAAUAAUAAGGGGUGUAGGGAAAAUAUGAUGUUCCAAGUUUUUCAAAAAGUGGAAGGAAAUCACAUUUUAAGAUUUGUUUAAAGAGUUUUCGUUAAAUCGCAAACCGCUACUCCCUGACGUCAUUUCAUGACACCAUUCGUAACACAAGAAAUAAGCGUAAUCGGAAUAUUUAUUUUAUUCACGUGAACAUGAUUCAGAAGAUUAUUAUUAUCUCAUUUCAUCACGUCGACUGGUCGGUCUCUUUGCCGCUCUCUCAUGGGAUAAUAUUCCGACGCCCGUCAGCCCUGGACAAGCUGGGCGCUGUACUGUUCCAAAAUGGUGAAGCAGUUUAUUCGCUGGCAACAUUAUUUUCCAACGCUAGCUGUCACUCCGGGACGUAUUGGACAACGAUUGUGGACCGUCACCCGCGCCGACGACUAACUCUUCGAUUAUACCAUGAUUCAGCAGAGAUUUUCUUCAUCUUACUCUGUAGACUGAAUAAAUUGAAUUGAAUUGAAAUUGAGAUUGAAAAAAUUGAAGAAUGGGAGGAGCCUGAAUUGCGCCUUUGCAUUAAAUUCGCGCCUACAGGUUCAUGCAUUAUUUAGGAAAAUAGGCUUAGUUUUAAGGCUUCACACGGAGGCGGAGCGCGCAUAGCGCGAAGCCGACUGUGGCUCGCUUCGAAAAAACUGAGCCACAGUAAAAAAUUCGUCAAAUAAAUGAAAUACUUGGCAUAAAAGGCAUUUAGUUUCAAAAAGUGGACACUAAUAACACUAUCAGGUCGCUCUAAACGAUUUGCAAACUUGAUACGCGUAGCGAAAAAAUCUGCGAAAUGUAUUUCCCAAAAAAGAAAAAAAUUAAAGGAGCACACUGUGCGUAGGCGUGGGCCUCGAAGCCUCGGAUUAUUCCAAACCUUUAAAAAGGUUUCUAAAAAAAGUAAGAAAAAUAGAAGAAUAAAAAAAAGUUUCCAAUCAACAGGGGAUUUUCAAGUGUGUUAUCUUUCUGUUUCUCAUGUGACCGGAAAAGUUUUCACGUCGAAUCUAAUUUUAUAAAUUGGAACGUAAAAAAUGAAUAAAAUGAUUUGACUACGUGUGCGAAUUUUGCAAAUGAAGAUGAUGUCAUAGGGAUGACGUCAGGGAGUAGCGGUUUGCGAUUUAACGGGAAGUUGUUUAAACCAAUUUUUCUCCAUUUUUGAACAAUCUCUUGCUAAUUUUCUCGAAAUUCAGUUCAAACAAAAGUCGCACAGGAGCGGGCUUAAAGGACUGUCAAAUAAUAGUGAUUGGACAGACACUACCAUUUUAACUACCAGGACUUCCGUUUUUCCAUAACUGCUGAAUUUGCGUUUUUUUUUCGGGUCGAAGUUCAUUCUUGUCAAAGGGGUGCUCCUCUGAUACUAAGAUUACUAAAAACCAAUAAUUUUAAGUUCUCACACUUCUUCUCAAGUAAAUAAAAGAAAAUGUUCAAAGAUUUUUUUUUCUUACAGAUUUGGAUCUUUUAUCAGGGACGGACAGAGGUUCUUCAACGUUACUUUGGUGAAGUCGAAUUCAUUUUUAUUUUUAUUUUAUGUUUUUGUAGCCUUCAUGUUCUAAUGGAUGUGUCGAAAAGGAUGUUCGCAAUUUUCCAAAGCCAGAAAAGGUGAAUUCAAUUUCUGAUCGAAUUUUUAAAAACUCGGAAAAAUAAAUUUUCAGACCUCAGUUCAUCAGGAGCCUAACCUCAAUUCAUCUGGUUUGGGGGAAAGAAAAAGUUCAACAAAAGAUGAAAAGUAGUUCAACGCUUUUUUUUCUAUAAUUUUCCAUGUUUUCUCAGUAUUUCGAAUCAAAAGACUCCUGAAACGCUUUUCUGCCUACCACCCCAAUCAACCGAACAGACGAGCUCCCGUAAAAAAGUUGGAUCAGAGGUUUUUGAAAAAAAAAGGAAAGUUUGAUUUAAUAUUUUUAGCCCGAAAGAGAGGAGAAAGAAUCAUUGGAAAGUGUUUGGCAUCAACGUGAAGAUCUAGAUGAAGGUAUAGUUAGAAAGAAGGGCUUUAAAAUUGAAAAAGGUUCGAAUUGAGAAAAAUUUCAUUUCCUAUCACUCGUUUAUCAUAAAUAUCAAAAGCUAGUUUUUCGAAAAAGAAAAUUUGCGAGGUUUCAGCUUUCCGUAUUUUUCAUUGCCAAAAACCGUAUACGUAUGGUGAAAAACUUCAUGUUGAGACCUGUUUAUUUCACCUUUUUAGCAGUUUGAGAAACCGUACGUGAUAUCGUUGUUCUUUGAUUUUUUCGUUCGAAUAUAUAGUAUGAAUAAAAAAUAAGUUGUUUUUUCUUCGGACAUUGGUAACGCGAAACGGACGUGCUCCGGGCGUUUCUGGGCAUUUCAAGUGACCACUUUAGUAGCGUCAGCAUUCUUAAGCGAUCCCUACAAUUUCCCAUAAACGUCUGGAGCGCGUCCUUUUUACGCUUGUACUAUGGAGCGCACUUUGUAAAUCCAUUUAUUUCUGCAGAAAAAAUCGUGCCUCAUGCAGAAACUCGCAAAAAGUCAAUCACAGAGGUUAUCAAUUUUUUUCUUCAAAAAUUUUUUUUUGGAUUCACCAGGAAGCAAACGAAUACGCGGAAACGAUUGAGAUUAUCAUGAACCGACUCAAGACGAUGGAACCAGGUUAAUUCAGAUAAGAAAAAAACCUUCCAUCUGAAUUUUUUCAAAUAAGAAAAAAGCUUUUUUUUUUGAAAUUCAAUCUUUUUUUCUUGCAAAAGUUUGAAUUUUGAUCAGUUUCGUUUCAGAAAAAGCUAAAAAACAGAUGAAGCGCUUUCUGAAAGCUCUGGACCAGCUGAUUUCGACCGUGAAGACAGAUAAUCCCGAAAUUCUCGAGAAAUUCGAAGCUCUUGGAGAAAUUCUCAGAAAAAGACAGAGAUGUCUACAGGAAAUGACAAGACUUAGUAUAUAA